AUGGGGGGCGCCUGCUCGAAGAACAAAGCCAAGCAGCCAGCGCGCGCGAAGGCGCAGGAGAUAGCGGAGAAGCAGAGGGAGGAGGAAGCGACGCGGAGGAAACCGGAGGAGGAACGUCGCCGACAAGAAGAGGAGCACCUCAGGCUAGAAGACGAGAGGCGCAGGCUAGAAGACGAGAGGCGCAGGCUAGAAGACGAGAGGCGCAGACUAGAAGAAGAGCGGGCUGCAGCUGAGGAGGCGGCCGAACAAGCUGAAGAGCGGAGGAAGCGCGAAGCAGAGGAGGAGCGACGGAGGCUCUUUGAAGAGGAGCGGAGGCGCGCCGAAGAAGAAGCUGAGCGGAUUCGCAGAGAGGCAGAAGAAGAGAGACGUCGGCGCGAAGAAGAGAGACGUCGGCGCGAAGAAGAGGAAGACGCGCGGAGACGCGAGGAAGAAGCACGAAGGAGACGAGAGGCGGAAGAAGAACACAAAAGAAGAGAAGAGGAGGAAAGGAGGCGAGCCGAGGAGGAAGCGGCGCAGAGGCGAGCAGAGGAAGAAAGGCGACGCCGGGCAGAAGAAGAAGAAGAGACGCGCCGAAGGAAGCUGCUGGAGGAAAAGUCUGCUGAGUGCGCACCUCCGCCCUCUAGCAAGCUCGAUGGUUUCACCGAAUCUGAGACAUCUGCGCCACCGGUGACCAGCAGCAGUCGCGCCUCGAGGUCAACCACGGGCGAGCGCCGCAGGCGACGCAGUGACAAAUCGCGUGGGGAAAACGUCAAGGUCGUUCACAAAUGUGUGCGACUCGUGUCGCACAACUGCGGGUGCGAACUCGCACACGACCACGACAGCCUCACGUGCUCCAUCUGCAAGUUCGUGGACAUGGGAGAUGUCCCUCUGCUGCGCUGA